UUAAUUGAAAUUCUUUUUUUCAUAUUCUUCGACUGUGUUAGAUCAAUUGGCCAAUCUUCUGAUAUGAUUAGUUUUCCUCUCGAUGGUGUUGGUCUAAAAAACAUUAGUCGCUUAAAUGUCUUAAUGUGUUGAUGAGGCUUUUAAAUGUCAAGGUUGAAGCGUUUAAAAGGAUUAGGGUUCAUCAUGAUUAUAAUCUGAUCCAAGGAAAGUUAAUCUAAACAGUUUAAAUUAAAUUGUUGAAGUUUUCUAUCAAAAUUGAAUUUCGUACCAAGUGAAUGACGAUUAAUGCGCAUGCGCCGUUUAUUUUGUUUACUUUUUGAUUUUGUUCAAUAAUCAAUUUUGUCCUUAUUUUGUAAAUUAAUAUCUUAAUCUAAGCUUUAAUUGUGUAGUUUAUUUUGUCAUAAUUUCGUAAAAAUGUCUAUCCAUUAUAAGUUCAAAGGAGAUAUGAAAUCAGAGAGAUUACCUGUUGAUGAUGUGUCAAUUUCUGUUGGUGAAUUUAAAAAGUGUAUAUUUGCUGAUAAAAAAAUAGAUUCUUCUACAACUGAUCUCAUCAUUACAAGUGAAGAUUUGGAAGAAUAUGAUUCUGAUGAGAAGUUAAUACCAAGGAAUACAAGUGUAAUCGUUGUUCGGGUUCCACUUAAUUCUGAAAAUAAGAAACGACUCAAAAAUGAGGCCUCAACUCCGUCUGAGUCUCACAAGCGUGGAUACGAUUCAAUAAAGGAAAUUAUAAAAUCUUCUAACCUUUCAGAAGCCACAGAGGAGGAAAGUAUUGAAGCGAUGUUUAAUCAUUCAACUCAAGAAUAUGAUUCAACGAAAUAUUCAAAAAACUGUAAAGCAGUUGGACCCUUACCGGCAAAUUAUACUUGUUAUCGGUGUAAUCAACCAGGUCAUUAUAUCAAACAAUGUCCAACCAAUAACAUGGAGAUAAAGAGGAGUACAGGGAUACCCAAGAGUUUUAUGGUUCCAGCAAGUGCCGAGCAAAAAGGUGCCCUUUUAACGUCCAGUGGAUUUGCUAUUCCACUUAUUGAUCUGCAAGUUUAUUCUAAGAAAAAGGUUAAUAAACAAGCUCUGGAGAAUCCAGAAAGACCAGAAAAUGAAGCCAAAGAGAAAAUUCCUGAACAAUUAAAAUGCUCCUUGUGUGGAGAUUUACUUCGAGAUGCCGUUUUUUCACCUUGUUGUGCAAGUAGUUUUUGCGAUGAGUGUUUGCGAAUGGAAUUAUGUCAAACUGCCGAGCAUCAGUGUCCGUCAUGUCUCAUGACAGAGAUAAAACUUGAACACUUAAUUCCAGUGCUACGUUUACGUUUAAGCGUUGAAAAAUUUAUUUUAGAAAAAUCUCAACAAGAACAACUCCAACUUCAAUUAGAGCAGGAGAAGCAACAACAACAACAACAACAAUUAGAACAAGAAGAGGAAGAAGAAGUGGAAGAAGAAAAAGAAGAUAAAGAAAAAGAAAAGGAAAAAGAAGAAGAAGACGAGGAAGAAAAGGAAGAGAAUGAAGAGAAAGAAGAAGAGAAAGAAGAAAAAGGAAAAGAAAAUGAUGACAAUGAUGACGAAGAUGAAGAAGAAAAUUCUCAACAUCCAGAGGACGAACAACAACCACAGGAACCAGAACAAGAAUCAAUCCCUGACGAUUCGACCAACAUAUCGAAUAAUGAAUUAACUACCACUGCGACCGCGAUCACUACGACUACCGGUUCAUUGAUCAAUAGCGUCUCAAAUUUUUUAGAAAACAAAUCAAUCAUCAGUCAGCCAAAUAUGUGGAAACCUCAGAAUCCAAGACAAACUAUUCCAAUUCGAAAUCCGAAUAUGCAUCAUAAUCUGAAUGUCUAUCGACCACCAUAUGUACGCCCUCGUCCUUUAUUCCCUGAUGGACCUCCACCAACAAGGUUUUCGAUUCGUGAUAAUUUCGCAAUUAAUCAAUCACCUUACACUUAUAUGCGACCACCAAUUUUCGCUCCAUUUAAUUUCAUGAACACUCAUCCCCCUAAUCAACGACCACUUUCUUUCGCUCAGUCAUAUGAUUCUACACAAUCGGGUUAUUAUCAGAAAUCAACUAGUGACGAUGAUUACGAUGAUCAUGUUGAUCGAUUUGUCCAACAAUUACAAUCUGAUUCCAGAAUUCGUUUAUCAAGAUCACCUUCAAGAUCAAGGCCGAGGUCCAGGUCACGUUCCAGGAUUCGAGCUCAUUCUAGGCCAAGACAUCCGUACCAUCGUGAUCGGCUUGAUGAAAGGGAAAGAGAGAAAGAGAUUGAAAGAGAGAGAGAAAGAGAGAGGGAACGAGAGAGAGAAAAAGAGAGAGAAAGAGAGAGAGAGAAAGAGAGAGAGAGGGAACGAGAGAGAACGUGAGAGGAAAGAGAAAAGAGAGAAAGAGAGAGAGAGAAAGAGAAAAGAGAGAGAGAAAAGGAAAGAGAAAGAGAAAAAGAAAGAGAAAGAGAGAAAGAGAAAGAAAGAAGAGAUAAGGAGAGAAGAGAUAAAGAGAGGAGAGAAAAAGAAAGAGAGAAAAAAAGAAAAGACAAAGAAAGGAAAGAAAGAGGUCGUGAUGGUAAAGUUAGAGAUCGAAAUAAAUAUCGAGAAAAGUCCAAGGAUAAAGUAAAGACCAAGAAAGAUAAAAGUAAAAUAAAGAAAUUGGGAAAAGACAAUUAUCAUGAAUAAAUUUAUUCGAAACCAAAAGAUAAAUAAAGUUCUUUUUUUUGAUAGAAA